AUGAAUACCCUUCCCAGCGACGAUGUGAGGGCUGCAAGUCAGGCUUCAAGUUCGAGCCCGCCCACCACCGGGCCACAAGGUGCAUCCUUGCAACCUCCUCUGUCCUUGAGUCGGAGGAGAAAGUGGAAGUUGCCCAUCAGGAGGCUGACUGUUGCAAAGAUUGUCCAACCUGUGUCAGAAGACGAAUUCGCUGCGACAGAUCACUCCCCAAAUGCAUCAAAUGCUCGAAGAAAGGAUUGCAGCGCGGCACUCAAGGACUCGACCUCUCCCAAGUCCACCAAAUCCCCCGAACAAAACAUCAAUGUUCGCCCUGCCCUGAUCGUGGAGCCUCUAGCAACCACUUUUCCCGGCUUUCCAGACCCGGCCACCAGAUCGCGACUACUGGAGCAUUAUGACAAACAGAUUGCAGGCUUGAUGGUGUGGAUAGACUCGGAAAGGAACGAAUACCGCCGGCUGGUCCUCCCCUUGGCUGACCAGCAACCCGUGCUUCUCCUCGCCAUCCUAGCCAUCUCUGCCCAGCAUCUCGCUGUUACCACGGGCAAGGAAUUGAGCUUUCCCGCUCGUGCCCGUGAUGCAGCAGUCACCUUGAUAUCAAAACAGAUUCAGCAGGUGACCGGCCAGUUGGCCGCAGGCUUUGACCUGGGCAGCCAGAUAGACCCGGAUACUGCAGUGUGGAUGCUGGCCUCAAUGCUCACUCUGGCUAACUAUGAAAUGACAGAGACGGAGACCGGCGCGGCCGCAGCUGACUCGCACCGUCAAGCUGCCAGGACGUUGGUGAACGCGCUCGCAACAACGAACCGGGAGAACAACGCUCUGUUCCACUUUCUCCGGAACCAGCUUUCCAUAUACGAUAUCUUGGCCUGCACCACCAUUUUCGGACCCUUGAGCACUGUAGAAGUGAUCCUUCCAGCGCCCGAUCAUUCCAACCUGAUCUUUUCCGAAUUCCUGUCCCUCCUACACAAGGUGACAGUAUGGUCACGAGAACGACAUGAGAAGGAGUCUUCUGGAAACUUCAACCCUGCUGACCUCCCAAUAACCUCUACCGAUGCACGAGCGGGGUUCGAGCAGGCCCGAGGGUCGACUUUGAUGGCUGCCGGUCUCCUCGAACUGCCACGAGACGCCAGACGGCGGGACUUUGUGCGCAUCGUCGACAUAUACCACCAUGCUGCCCUUCUUUACACUUACAGAGUUCUUUUCCUUUGCCAGGUGGAACCGCUCGAGGUCAGCGCCUCCACAAUGGUUUUGUUUGAAAGGUUGCAUCAACUUGAAGACACACCGUCAUGCCUGCAAAAUCUCCCGUGGCCUGUGUUCAUUGCCGGCACCGAAUGCUCCGAUGAUCUGGAGCGCCAGGCAUUUGUAGCAAAAAUGUACACAGACAUCGCUCAAGAUAUGGGCUUCAAGUACUAUCUGGGCAUCCUGCGCUUUUUGCAAGAUCUGUGGUCCAACAAGGAAACCACUUGGACCGAGUUGGCGCGCCAUUACGAGGCAAGUGGAAAGAAAAUUGUUGCUGUUUGA